AAAUGUGCUAAAGAUGUUUAAAGUGUUGUGACAUCGACGAAAGCAAAUUUUCUGUAAAGCAAACAAUUUAACUUUAUUUUCUAGUGAACUAGUUCAGAAUGGAUUCGUCUGAUGAAUAGUAUUUUUUAUCUUCAAGUGCAUUCCAUUUUCUAACGGACCGGGAAAGACUGUAUAGUGUGCAUCCAAUCAAUCGCAACCGAAGACGGAAUGGCGAAUUCUAUCGAUUGUAUGAAGACCUUCGAGAAUUUCCCGACAAAUUUCGUUCUUAUACUAGAAUGAAUAUGGACACUUUUGAUGUAAUUAUGAGAUUGGUGCAUUAUAAACUAAUAAAAAAUUGGACCAACUGCAAUAAAGAACCGAUAACACCUUGUGAACGAUUAAUCAUUGCUCUCAGGUUCUUAGCAACCGGAUCAUUAUUCACCACUCUUGGAUUUUCUUUUCGUAUGGGACGUUCAACUGUUGCUGACAUUGUAAAAGAAACAUGCAAAGCAUUAUGGGAAGUUCUUCAGCCCAUUUAUAUGCCAACACCAACAGAACAAAUGUUUCGAUCAGUUGCUGGUGAAUAUUGGACUAAGUGGAAUUUCCCUAACUGCAUUGGAAGCAUAGACGGAAAACAUAUAAGAAUGAGAUGUCCAGCUGGUUCGGGAUCCAUGUACUAUAAUUACAAAGGAUACAAUUCAACUGUUUUACAAGCCGUUGCUGACGCAAAUAGCAAAUUUCUGAUGGUGGAAGUUGGAGGUUAUGGCAAACAGAGUGAUGGCGGGACGUUUAGCUCGUCUGAUAUGUAUCGUUUAUUGAAUGAAGAAAAAUUGAACGUCCCUCCCGAUACUCAGCUACCAGAUAAAAGCUUGAAAACGAAAAUGUCGUUCGUGUUUGUCGGAGAUGAAGCGUAUCCAUUAUUACGUAAUAUAGUUCGUCCAUUUCCACGGAGCCAAUUGACAACAUCUAUUGAAUAUUUCAACUCACGAUUGUCCAGAGCUAGGAAAUGUGUAGAGUGUGCAUUUGGGAUAAUGAAUGCCAAAUGGAGAAUCCUUUGGAAACCAAUAGAGACAUCGCCAAAUCUUGCUGAUGACAUUGUGAAGUGUAUUUGCAUUCUUCACAAUGUAAUAAUUGAUCACGAAGGAAUUGAUUUACAACUGGAGGAGGCUGCUGACUAUAUUUACCGUGAUUUGGAGAGAACAAGACUGCCAGCUAGCAAGAUAAGCACAAAUGCUGGACGCUAUGUACGCGAUUACUUUAAAAAAUUCAUGGACAGAAAUAAGCUAUAAAUCGACUUCGAAAUCAUGUAUUUAAGAAAAAAUAAUGACAUUAAACUAAUAAACAUUGCAUACAUUAUAAA